GGAUGAUAACAAUGUAUUUUGAUAACUGACUGCUGUGUUAUUGUGUGGGGGAAGGGAAUUAAAAUAUUUCUCAUACAAAUGCAUUGAUAAUACUAUGAUAGGUUGUUGCGGUGAUAAAUAGAUACACUUCUGUGUUAAUUAUGGAUUAUGGAUUAUUUGUGCUUGAGAAAAAGGAGCCUAUUAUAAAAACUGAUUCCACUAGCCAGAAUAUAUCUGUUGUACAGUGAUUUGUAGGCAGUGCACAAUUAUAUCGCACUUAUGAUCAAUGAAAAUUCGGAUUAACAAGAAAAACAAGCAUAAGAUUAUAACUGAUACCGCUAGCCUCAAUAAAUCUGUGACACCAGUUGGUUCCCAUCUGUAUUCAAAAGACAAUUUGCAAAUGAGGAUUGCAUAAAUAGUGAAACAUAUAGGUAACAUUUAUGUAAAGCUAAUGUAUCAAGUGGUUAAGUCCAUCUUGGGCAAAUAACAUUGUGUUCAUAAAUGUCACAAGCAAGGAAACUGAAAUGAAAUUUGUGAUUGAUUUAUUAAAAGGAAAUUAACUGGAUUAUUAAAGUUUAACCACUGGCCAUAACAUGUUGACUCGGGAAGAAGUAAUUUUCGAACCUCCCCCGGUAAAAUUCUCGGUGAGUUUCGCGAAAAAUGGCGUAAAACUGAAUAACACUCAUGCAGCCAUGAAUAAUAAGAAUAUUAUUAAUUUCAACAACAACAACAACGUCACCAAAGUGAACGAGAUAGAAAUAGCAAAUGCAGCAAAAUAUGGAGGCGCCUGUGUUACAUAUGUGUGUUCCAAAGUGACGUUAUACUACAACAGUCGGAUAGAGCUGAAAUGGCGUCGCGCGCUACACCAUUGCGGGACAUGCGACUAUGGUGUAGGGAAAGGGGAGACAACUCCCUGCGGUGCAAUACAUUAUGGCAUGUGCCUGCCCAUAGUGGACAGGUUCUCUUUGCCGCAGAAAUCUUCUCGGAGAAAUCAGCAAAUGGCUGUCUGGCCAAGUGCGCUCACAUCAACAUUGCCCGGGUCUGGGGUAAAACACGGACCGCUGCAUUCUAGUCACGUGAAUUCUUCCAGCGAUCAGUCCAAGUCACAACAAUCUAGUCAGCCUCAGUCCGUGAAAUCCAGUCAGACAGUUUCCAAUGGCUCAUCUGCGAAACCAGACAAGGUGGAUUCUUCUUCUACCAUCCUCAAAGAUGUCACAACCUUUGACCGCGACCCUGAAAAGGAGAACACAAACAUUUCAAACAUUCAAAUCAACCAAUCAAAUCAAAACAUUGACACUUUAGCUACCUCCAAUAAAGAGAGUGCAAGAGUGAAAAAGAAAGACAACUCUAGGCCUUAUAGCAGAAACACUGUGAUACAGAAUGCAAACAUACCAAAGUUUUUUUUUCCAAUGGGUCGCCCAGCUGAAAAAGAUAGUUCCGACGAAGUUUUGUUGCGGGUUUCUCAGGAAUUCUCGAAAGUGGAAGAUGGGAAAAUCUACAGGAAUCAAAUGGGAACCAUUGCAAAGACCUGUGGACUGCCCCUCUACUGGAAGUGCCCUCUGUUCAUGUCCUGCGGGGGCAGCAAGCAGGGAUACAUCACCUACAGCAUGUUCUCUACCAUGUGGAAAAGGAUCAGCCAGUCUUGCCACGAUGCGGCCUCCCAGUUUGUGACACUUGUUGCCAAGCCGGGGACCAACUAUAUGGAGGAAGAAGACCUGGUUCCUCUCAUACAGGACGUGGUGGACACACAUCCUGGACUCACAUUUCUAUUAGACGCCCCAGAAUUCCACUCCAGAUAUGUGAACACAGUCAUAGCACGGAUGCUGUACUGCAUAAACAGAACAUGGACGGGUAGAAUUACAAUACAAGAACUUCGAAAAUCCAAUUUUCUUCGAGUGUUGCAAGUGCUGGAGGAAGAAGACGACAUUAAUCAAAUCAACGACUUCUUCUCCUACGAACAUUUCUAUGUGAUUUACUGCAAGUUCUGGGAGCUGGACAAGGACCAUGAUCUCUUCAUCGACAAGUCGGACCUUGCCAGGCAUAAUGAGCAUGCGAUAUCAACCCGGAUGCUGGACAGGAUCUUUUCUGGGGCAGUAACGCGGGGCAACACAUUUAAGGACGGCAAGAUGAGCUACCCGGAGUUUGUCUGGUUUCUGCUCUCGGAGGAGGACAAAAAACACCCUACCAGUAUCGAGUAUUGGUUUCGAUGCAUGGACCUGGACGGGGAUGGUCAGAUCUCCAUGUAUGAGAUGGAGUGGUUCUAUGAGGAACAGAUGCAGAAGAUGGAAGCUCUCGGCAUAGAACGGCUGCCGUUCGAGGACUGUCUCUGUCAGAUGCUGGACCUCGUACAACCGGAGGAAAAUUACGCCAUCAGCCUGCGCGACCUGAAGCGCUGCAAGUUGACCAACAUUUUCUUCGACACGUUCAUGAACCUCGACAAGUUCCUUGAGAACGAGCAAAGAGACCCUUUCGCCAACAUGAGGGACCUUAACAGUGAUGUCCCUGAGCCUACUGACUGGGAAAAGUACGCGGCCGAGGAAUAUGAGAUCCUUGUUGCAGAAGAAGGGCUUAAUGAGCAGGAGGAAAUUCGUGAUUAUUGGGAUACAUGACAUUAUGAGGAUGACUUUGAACCUGAAGAUGAGGACCUUCGUCUGGAUAUGGGGGUCGGUGAACCGCGACCCUCUGACCCCGUCAACAGACGCUGACCUCUGACACUGUGAAUUGUUAGCGCCAUGGAAACUUCAACUUUAUGUUGACCCGUGUUAACUGACACUGGCCGGAUGUCAUGGAUACCCCAAUCUCGUGGCCCCAGGGAUGCUAACCAUAUUGGGAACAUCAGUCUUGUAUUCCAUGUCAAGCGAUGCUAAUGUUAUGGAAACCGCAAUUUUGGGACACCUAUCAGCUGACCAUGAAAAUGGGGUCUGCACGCCCUCAUCCUUGUAGAGUGUGUGGCGGACUCUGAUGUCAUUUGAAUCUCAGAUUUCAAGCAUUUUUGGCCAUGUUUUGUCUUGGUUAGAGAAAGAACAUGUUCUCUUAAGUAAAGAUAAUGAUCAUGUAAAUCAACAAGUGCCUUUCUUUAUGCCUUUUUUUGCUGCCCCAAAAUUUUUGAGGGGAGCAUAUAGUCGCCGCUUCGUCUGUCCGUGUGUGUGUCCGUCCAUCCAUGCACAAUUUUUGUCCGGGCAAUUUCUCAGCAAUUAAUGACCGGAAUUCAAUUAAUCUUUAUGGGAAGCUUCACUACCAAGAGGAGAUGUGCAUAUUAUCAAGGGGUUCUGGUCGGAUGAUUUUUCACAUACUUAUGGCCCUUUGAAAUUUUCCAUUGUACAUAUAGUGCAAUUCUUGUCCGAGCUAUUUCUCAGCAACUUACUACAGGAAAUCAAUGAAAUUUUAUGGGAAGCUUCACUACCAAGAGGAGAUGUGCAUUUUAUCAGCCAGUUAUGGUCGGAUGAUUUUUCACAGAGUUAUGGCCCUUUGAAAUUUUCUAUAAACUGUACAUUUAGUGCAAUUCUUGUCCGGGCUAUUUCUCCCCAACUACCUACUGGAAUUCAAUGAAGCUUUAUGGGAAGCUUAACUACCUCGAGGAGAUGCGCAUGUUAUUUGUGGGUUCUGGUUAGAUGAUUUAUUUAGAGAGUUAUGGCCCUUUGAAAUUUUUAAGUUGCUAAACCAUCCAUCGUAUUAUUUUGUCCAAAGUUAUGCCCCUCAAGAUGUUUCCUGUUAUCUGAAUAUAUAGUGCAAUAUUGUGACAAAAAACCCUUUGGGGAGCAUCACCCGUCUCCGACGGUUUCUUGUCAUAUGCAGUUACCACUGAUUGAUUAAAGGUCACCUGCCAUUUUUAAAUUGUACUUGAGUAUCGAUUGGUUGUAAAUGAAACAUUAUUGUCAAGAAAAAUUGGGGGGGAAAUUGAUGUCAGAUCUAAAUAAUCUAAAUAGGUCUAUUGAAAUGGAUCACUUGCUACAAAAUGUUUAAUUUGUUAAAGAUGUUAUACUGGGAAAAAACACAUUUUCUCUUCAUCAACUUAUUUUCUCAAUUGACUGUUGUCUUCCUUUUUAUAAAAUGAAUUUUUGUGUAUGUGUUUUUUAAUUGUUAGAAGUUGUAAGGAUUUUGAAUGAUAACUUUGCUUAUUGAAGUUUUCAGGCUCUUAAAAAUAAUUGUGUUGUUUUUUUAGCUAGUGUGUUGUUAAGUGUGUUGUUAAUAUGUAUAAUGUGUGUAGCUCAGAAUUUCUGAUGGUAUGAAUGCGAUCAUGGGACAGUUUCUGUACAUAAAACAUCACCUUUUUAAUUUAUUUUGUAAAUAGUUCAAGACACAACUGUGAUUUUUAAUAAGUUUCGUCUGAUGUUCUGAUGUUGUACAGUGAAAUAACACGCAAGAUAAAUUGUUAAAAAAAAAGAACCUAUGUUUUCAUCUGUCAAAUAACAGUUUAUUUCCCCAUUUUGAAAAAAACAAACAUUCUGGUUCAUUGUUAACAUAUUCACCCAUGAUGAAUUACAUUGUAGAAACAAUUGCAAUUUAAAUUCAAGUUCAAAUUUUGAUUAAUUAUGGUCUUGUAUAACCUUAAACAAUAAUUUGUAUUAUUUCAACAUGUUUGCUCAAAAUGGUCUUGACAGACUACAUAAUUAUUGAGAAACAGGAUCCAUAUUCUAAAAAAUCUAUGGCCAUCUUUCACUUACCGUACUUGACAAUUUAUUAUGUGCAACCAUGUGGAAAAUGAGUCCAAAUAAUUGACCAGUCGCCAAAUACGCGAUCACUUCGCCCACUAAGUUGUGUUUUCAUAAAAGGCUUAUUCCAUUACUUUGACAGUCUUUGUUUGUCCGACCAUGUGGCCGCAAUAAACGAAAUCUGAUUGAUUAUUACCUGAGUUUGAUUGACAGCUGGCGAGUGGUCAAUUGCUUGUGUUUACUGCACUUUAUUUGAUAUUAUAUGAUGUGUGCAUUACAAAAACAAAAUUUAUAAACACUUUAAAUUAUUUUGCAAAUUUAGAGUCACGAUUUAAGAAGUCAUAUUCAUGAAGUAAAAUGGGUGGAUUUACAUUACUCCUGUCAUCAACCAAUUCAACAUACAUAUUGUAGAAAAUAACUUAUUCAUUUGUAACUUACUCAUCGUGUCAUUAACUGAGUUAUGUGUUCAGAGUUAUUUCUUUUUUUUGCAAGUUUUUCGUGUUCAGGUAUCAAAUGAGGAACUAACGUGGUAAACUUCAUUAUGUACAGGACAUCACCAGCAAAUAUUUGAUGUAUCACUGCAUAUUUUUAUGCCCCCCUUUCGAAGAAGAGGGGGUAUAUUGCUUUGCACAUGUCGGUCGGUCUGUCGGUCCGUCAACCAGGUGGUUUCUGGAUGAUAACUCAAGAACGCUUUGGCCUAGGAUCAUGAAACUUCAUAGGUACAUUGAUCAUGACUCGCAGAUGACCCCUAUUGAUUUUGAGGUCACUAGGUCAAAGGUCAAGGUCACGGUGACCAGAAAUAUUAAAAUGGUUUCCAGAUGAUAACUCAAGAACCCUUAUGUCAAGCUUGGAUCAUGAAACUUGAUAGGUAGAUUGAUCAUGACUUGCAGAUGAACCCUAUUUAUUUUCAGGUCACUAGGUCAAAGGUCAAGGUCACGGUAACCGAAAUAGUAAAAUAGAUUCCGGAUGAUAACUCAAGAACGCUUAUGCCUAGGAUCCUGGAACUUCAUAGGUAGAUUGAUAAUGACAAGCAGAUGACCCCUAUUGAUUUCAGGUCACUAGAUCAAAGGUCAAGGUCACAAUGACCCGAAAUAGUAAAAUGGUUUCCGGAUGAUAACUCAAGAACACUUAUGGCUAGGAUCAUGAAACGUCAUAGGUACAUUGAUCAUGACUCGCAGAUGACCCCUAUUGAUUAUCAGGUCACUAGGUCAAAGGUCAAGGUCACAGUGACAAAAAAACAUAUUCACACAAUGGCUGUCACUACAACGGAGAGCCCAUAUGGGGGGCACGCACGUUUUACAAAAAGCCCUUGUUGACAUUUUUUUGACAAGUUAAAGACAUCAUCUAUAUUCCUAGCAUUUUCUUUAAGUGGCUUGUUCACAGAUAUGAGAACACCUGGAGGCAUGUCAUUCAGUGUAUAAACUCUUUUAAAUUUAAGCAUAGAAAAUCAAAUGUUCUCGUAAACCAAACAUCAAAUUACAAUUUGUUAUAAAGUUGCACUCAUUGUGGUUCAAAUAAGGACUUGAUGAUUAAAAAUCUUUAAUUGAAACAAACUGUUUUUCCAGCAUAUACCGGUACUAAAUGUUUGUAUUUUAUACUUCAUGAAUUCACACAAAAAAGUGGACAUGUCCCUUUAAAGUCAUGAAGACCUAAACCCAAAGUUUUCCGUCAUUGAUUGUACAAGAUUAUUAGGUUGUAUUGCAAUGAAACGCAUUUGUUAAAUUCUAUGUAUUAAACAUUUGUUUUAACAAGAAUCGCUGCCAAAUUACAAUUUUAUUUCUUAUCAUUAAAAUUAUUUUUAAGAAGCUAACUCGACAUAUUUCACAUGGUUAAGACAUUUAAAAAGGAGAUUUUUGCAUUGUUAUUCAUAUACAAUGUAUUCAAAUUAUAAAUAACUUAUAUUAUAUACAUAAUGUCAAUAUACUAUUUAUGUUAAGAUUUGCAUGCUAUUUCAGUAUUUAAAUUACUAAAUGAAUUAUAAUUAUUAUUAUUUUAAGAUAUUGUUUUUACAAGAAAUCAUGUGCUGGUGUAUCUUGGCAUUGUAAUUUCGAAACAAAGAAAACAUGAAACGCAG